AUGACCUCUACUGUAGGCCCACCACCAUACUACGAAAAUCAUGGCUUUCAGCCAGAAAACUAUUUUGCCAGGCCACCAGCAGGUGCUAACCCAUAUCCACCGUACUUCUCUACAAAUGCUCCAUCAGUGCCAACCUAUGUCCCAAGAGUUUCAACCUACCAGUCGACUAGUCCAGUAGCCCCUUCAUCUGGGAGGACUUGUUCAUCAGGUGUAAAGAAAACCAUAAUAAUUAUAAUAUCCAUUUUAAUAGUCAUUUGUUGUGCAGUUGGUGCUUUCUUCAUUUGGUAUUUUGUGGAGAAUCGUUGCCUCGGAUCGUUAAUAGAGUGUGGGUCUUCGGGAGUGUGCGUGUCUCCCUCAGACUGGUGUGACGGAGUGACCAACUGCCCAAAUGGGGAGGAUGAAAACCGUUGUGUUAGACUUUUUGGACCAAACUUUAUCCUCGAAGUUUAUUCACCUGUCAGCAAAGCCUGGUAUCCUGUUUGUCAAGAUGACUGGACUGAUGAUUUUGGAAAGAUUGCAUGUAAAGAUAUGGGCUAUAAUGUAGACACAUAUUACUAUAGUCAAGGAGUAGCAGCUGAAGUCAGCUUUAAAAGCUUUAUGAAGCUGAACACAAGUGCUGGGAAUACAGACUUGUAUAAAAGGCUACAUAACAGCAAUGUCUGUGCAUCGGGAAAUGUGGUUUCUCUACGCUGCAUAAAGUGCGGCCUGCCCACCAGAAGCACGGCCAUCAUGAACAGGAUCGUGGGCGGCAGUGCGGCAGCACUGGGGCAGUGGCCGUGGCAGCUCAGCCUCCACGUGCAGGGCACCCACGUCUGCGGGGGCUCCAUCAUCACCCGCGAGUGGCUGGUGACGGCGGCUCACUGCGUGGAGGGACAACUUUCUGACCCAUACAUCUGGAGAGUUUAUGCUGGGAUUGUGAGCCAGAGUGACGUUAUUUUAAGAGCCGGAUAUAGAGUGCAACAAAUAAUUUCCCAUCCAGAUUAUGAUACGGACACUAAAGACAAUGAUGUUGCCCUUAUGAAGUUAGAGACACCGUUGAGUUUUACUGAUAAUGUACAGCCAGUUUGUCUGCCUAAUCCAGGAAUGAUGUUCCAGCCCAAUCAAGAGUGCUGGAUAUCUGGAUGGGGAGCAGAGUACCAAGGAGGUAAAACAUCAACUAACUUGAAUUAUGUUAUGGUACCUUUAAUAGAACGUUCUAGAUGUAACUCUAUCUAUAUCUAUAAUGGCAUGAUUUUGCCUACAAUGGUCUGUGCUGGAUAUCUAGAAGGAGGAAUUGAUUCCUGUCAGGGUGACAGCGGAGGUCCUCUGGUAACAAAUAAAAACUCCGUGUGGUGGUUGGUUGGAGAUACCAGCUGGGGAUCUGGUUGUGCUACUCCCAAUAGACCUGGAGUUUAUGGGAAUAUGACUGUGUUUACAGACUGGAUUUAUAAAAAUAUGCAGGCAAACAGAUGA